CGGUGCAGCUUACUGACUUUCUUUUCCAUUUCCAGGGCAUCGGAGAACGGUUUCCGGGCGACAGGCGGCAGGAAAGCUCGCUGGGGUCGCGACCUCCGACGUCUUUGACGGCGGGAGCUUUCCUCCAUGGUAGGAUUUCCAUCCGCUCUUCGUUCUACGUCAAUUGAUGGAGUAUUUGAAGAACGAUAGCAGCGGAACUGAUGAUGAUCUUCCAAAUCACCAGAUCAUUCAGAACUCUAAGGGUGUUCUUUAUUCAGGAGCUAUGAGAAUCUCUUCUGGACCUGUAUCUCAUGGAACAGAUCUAGUAAACAUGGAAUUUCAAAUUCACCGCAUGGAGGCUGAGGCAUAUGGUGCUGUGUUAAGAGCCUUUAUUGCUCAAUCUGAUGUUCUUUCAUGGGGUAAGGAAGGACUCAUAUCAGAGUUAAGGAAGGAACUCAGGGUUUCUGAUGUUGAGCACAGAGAAAUUCUUGGAAAAAUCAAUUCAGAUGAUUCAAUCAAGUCCAUAAGGGAAUUGCGUAAGAAUGCUGAUGCUCAAGUGACAACAAUGAAUGCUUCUAGUUUUGAUCCAAAUUCCAUCAGUCAUAUAUCUCGGAAAAAGUUAAAACCUGGGCAUAUGACUGUUUCAUUAUCCCCAAAAUACCCACCCCAUGCUCAACCCUCACCAACAGCUGCUCCUUCUUCGUUGGCAACACAUGCUAGAGAAGACCACUGGAGUGACAAAGCAUCUGUAUUCUCCCCUAAAGGGGAUGUUGGACAAGCUCUAACACCUGUUCAUCAAAGGCAGGCACCAAGCACUGGGAAAGCUAGAGGCUCACUCAUUGUCCAGACCUCCAAGAAGGGUUUUGUUCAUUCAGGGGUUGAAAAUUUGAAACCUCGAUCAGACAUAAUUGAGAUUCUUGCAACAGACCAGCUUAUACAUGAGGUUGAGAGGAUUUGCAGCGUAGAGAACCCUGAUCCAGCUCAGAUAGAGAAGGUGAAAAUAAUGCUCAGAAUCCUAAUUAUACUUAUGCAAUUCUGGAGUAGGGUCAUGAAAGAGCUCUUCUGGAAGCCAUCGGAAGACUUGCUGAUGUAUCAGAUGAUGACUCACCUGAUCCUGGACAGCAUCGGUACCCUAGUGGAGAGCCAAAGAGGAACGUACGUGGAGUUCAUAAUGCUGUUUAUGAGCAGUUUGAUAGGACAAGAAGCUAUUACAGUGAAGGAUAUGGUAAGGACUGCCCAGGAAGAGUGGGAAUCCCGUCCAUUGAUCUGCAUGAUGAUGAGUAUGACAAAGGUUGCUGAAAUACCAUAACAUGUGGCUUCAUCCGUUUCAGAUUGACGUGGAUGUGCAUCACUGCAUCUGAACUUUGAAUCAUUUGUCUGCUCUCAGGGAAUAGUCAUAUAGUGCGACUUAACUCUUUUCCUCCUUGCUAACUCCAUUUGUGUAUGCUAGAAUUGUCGGGUUCUGUCCUUACGCUCCUGCGUGGCUUUUUGAUUCCAAGCCGGUGUCUUCUCCUCAUCUCUCUUUUGGAGUUUGUUUUUCUUCUAUGGAGGGCUUGAGAAUGGAGCCUUCAUUCUGUGAAAACAGACUUAGCAUAGUGUCAAGUAGAUAUUUUGGGCUCCCACUCAACCACAUGUAGCCCUUUCUUCAGGGGCACUUAACUGCAGUAAAUGUAAUGUACUUUUGGUAUAGUGAUGGUUGUUCCAAGUCUUUAUUUCGGAACAUUUGUAUAUUGACAGAUUGUUACAUUACAUGAUUAACACUGUCAGUUGUAUUCAA